AUGGCAACUGCUUCAAAUUCAACGAAAGACGAAGCACAAAUUAAAUCACAAGAUGUACGAACAAUGGGUUGUGGUGGACGUACACAAGGUGAUGGUAUGGAGAAUGUGAUAUUGCAAAAGGCUGAGGUCAAGCCAACAAAAUGUCGUCUUGGUGAUACACUUAUCUAUCAUCCAACAAAUCUUAAGCAAUUAAGUUCAAUUCCACCAGUUACUCCAAAUGGUCCAAUUAUAAACUUAGUACCCAAACAUGUUUCUAAUGUUAGAGAUGAAAAGUAUAUUUUAAAUUCAUUAAAAUCAAAGGAACCAAAAUUUGUUCCUUAUGAGCCAUAUAAAGCUGCAGUUAAUCCAAUCAUUCCAUAUGAGAAAAAAAAUAAAAAAUUACAAAAAAGUAAUUUAAACAUGAAUGUGACUGCAUCCCAAGUUGCUGCAAUAAAAAUUCAUGAAAUAGAAGUUCCAACUACUGAGGUCAUUAAAACAAUUGAACGUAAACCUAUGGAUAGUGAAUGGUUAAGAGAAAAGAAGGUAUACGAAGCAGAAAUACAAAAACUCAAAGAAGAAAAUAGUCAACUUGAAAAUCAAUUAAAAUUUCAAGCACAGGUAAAUGGGGAAUUGAAGAAUUUAUUAGUAGCUGCUGUAGGUGAAGACCUUGAAACAAAGGUUCAUUUGUUAACUGAAGAUAAAUUACAACUUGCUAGAGCCCUUUUAAAUUCUGCUCAACAUCUUUCAACUCAUCAAGAACAAACUGAAUGGUUGGCUGGCCAAUGUGAAGUGUGGAGAAGUAAAUUCUUAGCCAGUAGUUUAAUAGUAGAAGAACUUGCAAAAUGGAAAGCAGCUCUUUGUCAAAGAACAACAGAUCUUCAGGAAGCAAUAAAACGGCUUUUAGAAGAUCGUAAUCACAUUCGUGACAUAUCUCUGAAAACAUAUAGGACACUUAGUAUUCUUCGUGAAAACUUUGAUCCUAUUGGAGCUGCCUCUUCUAAAUGGCAUGAAUUACCAAGUACAAAUAUUGUUGACUUAGGUCAAGGUUGUUGUCAGUUAGCAGAAAUUUUGAAAGUUCAAUUAUUAAGUGGUGUAGAAAACCUUAAUUUGCAAAGAGAAAUUAAUGUAACUGGUCUGGAUAUGAAAACACUUUCUGAAAAGACUGCAGAGCAACUGCUUAUGAGUCCAAAAAUGCUCAUGCCAGGAAGGCAGGAUAUAGCUUGUAGUGCAGUGAUGGGUGCUGCUGUCGCACUUGGUGGUCAAGUAUUUCUUCCACGACAUGAUACAAAUGUAACUUGUUGUCCUCAUUGCAGUGGUGAAAUCAAACAGAUUUAA